AUGGAUAAAUCUAAUACAUAUACUUCGGUCGUCUCUAAUCUAACCAAUAAUUUAGAACAUGAUAGACAUAGGCAUAGUAGACUACUGGCUUACAGUCGACAAUUACAGGAAGAAGAAAAUGAUGAUGAUGAAUAUGGUGCGCUCGUCAACAUUUAUCGUGAGCACAAGAGACAUUUGGAACAAGAUAAAAAAGCUCGCACACAAUUGAAUAUCCAAGCUCUAGAUGAUGACGAUCUUUACGAACCUGUGCAUAACUCAACUUCAUCAGCGAGAUCAUCAAGUGAUUUUGAUAUGGGCCGUUUUUUGAAUUCUAGUUCUGGAAUUAACCCUUAUAAUGGAACCGUUAUAGGGAAUUAUAAUUUUCCGAAUGGUGUUAAAGGUGUUUGUUGCUAA